AUGUGGGUCUUUCCUGCGCAUCCCGUGCUCUCUUCUCCUCACCUGCAUGUUGGAGCUUCUACCACCAGCCAUACCAUCCCACAUGCCCCAUCCCAUCCCACAUGCCCCAUCCCAUCCCACAUGCCCCAUCCCAUCCCACAUGCCCCAUCCCAUCCCACAUGCCCCAUCCCAUCCCACAUGCCCCAUCCCAUCCCACAUGCCCCAUCCCAUCCCACAUGCCCCAUCCCAUCCCACAUGACACGUGCUGUAACACCCCACCAGGUGGGAGUGGCAUUCGACCAGCUGCUGGAGAAGCUGUCUCUCGCCAUCUUCACUCACUUCAAGCAGUGUGCCGCCAGUCGCAUAACCCGCUUGCUCCUGUCCUUCCUUGCUUCCCACACCCACCCAUUCUUCUGCCCAACGAAUGUCCUUUCUUGUUUCUCCGCAGCAACAUGCUCCACAGGACCUUCGUGCCCGCAGCAGCAGCAGCAGCCCUGGGCGUGGAAGGGUCAGUCGCUCACACACCCGCUUGCUGCUGCCAUUCCUUGCUUCACACCCCCCCAUCCCCUACCCAACGGUGCCGUGCCGUCCCAUUCCCCCUCACACAGCAAGCUGCUGGACAAGUCGUUUGUGGCGGCAGCAGCAGCCGUGGGCGUGGGAGGGAGGUACAGUGUCACUCCUUGCAGCUACAGCGGACUCUUGCGCCAGACGCACCUGCAGCUAUUGGGUCGCACUGUGGACAUGCGGGACCUGCUGACUCAGCGGCUGAACAAGCUGACGAGGCACAACCUGGAUUACAUCCUUGUCCGCAUGGAGGGGGCAGAUCUCUGCCACAUCAUGGAGACACAUCACCUGCUGGACGUCCUACGUGGCGCGCACCGAUUGGUGGCAGAGCACUGCCCUGCCAUUGACUCCUUUGAAGCCAUUUUCACUGAGGCCACGCAUUCCACCUCCCUCUCCUCGCUCUCCUCCCGCACCGCCUCCUAUGUGUGCAGAGAGGUGGAGCAGGAUGUGCUUCCCAACUUCCUCUGGAACGCCACCACCCGCCGCUUCGUGCGGGUCGCCUCCCCGCUGCACAUGCAGCAGCGCCCCGUACAAAGACCUGCAGUUCACCUGCCUUCUCCAGAGGUGUACGAAGCCUUCAUGUUUGGAAACAAGGACCUGAACGAGGCGUACGCGCACAUCGCUCUGCUGCACUCGCAGUUCAUAGGGCAGCCGCACGUGGAUGCCGUGGUGGCGCUGCUGGGUCCGCACUCCCUGCCCAUGCUGCUGCAGUUCUGCCUCGACUCCCUCUCCCACAAG